AUGGCAGUGUUUCAAGACGAGCUGGAAGUCAAGGACUUUCAAUAUGAAGAGGACUCCGAUAGCUAUUUCUAUCGCUGCCCAUGUGGAGAUAACCUCUCCAUCACCAAGGAAGAUCUGGAGAAUGUGGAAGACAUGGCAACGUGUCCUAGCUGCCCUCUCAUUAUAAAAGUGAUUUGUGACAAAGAAAGUGAUAUAAUUUUAAAACAGGAGAAGGGGGUUGUAAGGCAGUGA